AUGGAGAGCUUCCAGAAAUGCAUUUUGCUCCCCCUCAUCCUGACUGCCUCGCUGCCAGGUCUGGGCUUUUGUUACUCCAUCACAAAAGGCCCUGAGAACGCCACGGUGCUGGCUGGCUCCGAGGCCAGGUUCAACUGCACGGUGUCUGCAGGAUGGAAAGUCAUCAUCUGGCUCUUCCAGGGCAGCCCUGUGCUCACUGUGCUCAGCUCCCAGGGCUCUGUGGAGACCACAGAACGCUUCACCUCCAGGAACUACAGCACUGGGGAUGAGUUCACCUCGGAGCUGAUCAUCCACAACACCCAGCUGAGUGACUCUGGCAGGAUCGAGUGCAGCAUCCAGCAGCCCAGUGAAAACAACUUUGCCUUCCUCUCUGUUCAAGUUAAUGGAUCUUUACUCAUCAAAAAUAGCACCUUAACAGUAAAAGACAACCAAACAAUUGAGAUUGUUUGUGAAGCCUUAGGAUGGGCUCCAGCUCCAGACAUUGCCUGGAUGACAAAUGACUCUUGGGUUGAUAAGUCGAGCUAUGUCACCCAGCAAAGCCCAGGAUCUCAUGGCCUCCACAAUGCCCUGAGCACCUUAACUCUGACUCCGAGGGACACGGAGGUUUUGACUUGUUUAGCUGACAUAGAAGCACUCCCCAGCCCUCAGAAUGCAUCUGUAACUCUUAUUUUUGACAACUCUGCCACGGAAAAUUAUUACAGUGAAGACAACACGAGCACAUGGGUUAUUGUGCUUGCAGUUGUGCUUUCAUUCCUUGGCAUUGUUCUCCUGGUCGUUAUUGUUGUGGUCGCUGUGCGCUGCUGCCUGAAGAGGAGAGAAUCUACUUAUCAAAAUGAAAUAAGAAAAGUUUCAGCUGAGAAGAAAAAGGAAGGUGGUUUGGAAGACAGGCAGAGGAGUGGCAGUGAAAAUCUGGGAUACAUUCCAGAGGAAUUGUGGAACACAGAGCACAGCUCAGGACUUUCCUCUCUUCCCCCGAUGUUUUCCAAGUCUGCUGGCCCUGAUGACAAUUUGCACAUCAGCUCUGUACCAAAGGUGCGGCCUCAAAGGCGUCCUGAUUAUCCCAUCAGCCCAAAGAAAAUCAGGAACGUGACACUCGUGUAGGAUGUGCUUCUCCAAGAAGUUGCUUUUCUACAUGUUUGGAUGCCUUCAUGCAAUGCAGAAAUGUUAAAACCAGCUCUCUCAGUUUAACUUAUAAGUUAUUUUUCUUUUUUU